UCCACUGCCUGGACUGCAUGGAGCACAAUGCAGUUACGUCUAAGACGUUGGCAGGCUCUUCGAUGUGCUCCUAAACCACGCUUCUUUUCUGGUGCCCAGCCACCACCAUGGAGACCCUCCUCUGCGGUGGAUGAAUGGGUGGAACGCCCCAUCCGCCCGAUCAGUCUCCGCCAGUUAACUUUCUUCGGCCGUACAUUAACAGAGCCUCGACUGAUUAGCUCGGCGAACUAUGUGCGGACCGAGCUACCCACUCGUCUGGCGCAUCGACUGCGAGAUAUCCAACAGCUACCUUUCGUGGUAGUCUCCAACCCCCACCUAUCCCUCGUAUACGAGCUGUACUACAAGGCCUUUGAACGAUUCCGAGUGAUUCCUGAGAUCUGCAGCUUGGACGACAAUGAUCGGUUUUGCGAUGUACUCAAGGAAAUGCUGAAAGAGCACCUGGUGGUCAUUCCCAACUUGGCCACCGGAGUCCUGCAGUGUCGUGAGCUGUUCCCACCUGAUGAGAUGGAUCGCUUUAUGAACACCUUGCUGCGAGCGAGAAUCUCUCGUCGCGUUAUUGCAGAGCAACAUCUGGCUCUGACCGACACAUUUAAUUCUCCGUGGCAUUUCCCCGACUCGCACGAACGGACAGAUAUGAAUGCAGACUUUGUAGGCGAAGUAUUCCUCAAGUGCAAUGCCAAAGAGGUAAUUGAGCGAUGUGGGAAGGUGGCGCAAGACCUGAUGCGACAAACCACCCAAUCCCCUCAGAUUCCUGCCAUCAAUGUCCAGGGUCAUUUGAACGCCACCUUCCCAUAUAUUUUGAGCCACCUGGAGUACGUGGUUGGGGAGCUGCUCCGCAACUCAGUCCAGGCUGUAAUUGAAAAGUACCAUAAUUCUUCACAGCCACCGCCACCCAUCCAGGUACUUAUUUGCGAAACCCCUCAACACGUCAUCAUGCGCAUCUCCGAUCAGGGCGGUGGCAUUCCACGUGAGAUCCUACCCUAUCUGUGGUCUUUCAGCAAGGGACCCCGGACACAGACGCGGCUAGAGAACCUGGGGCGGGUCCCCGCGAUGGCCGCGACAAUGCAGGAAUUAAAAGUUAGCGGGCGCAAAGCAGAAUUAGGAGGAUACCACGAGGGUUCUCUGGAUAGUCUGACCUCCAGACAUCCAAACCUCCGACUUGGUAUGGGCCUUCCCAUGAGUCGAGUCUAUGCCGAAUACUGGGCCGGGAGUCUGGAAUUGCAUAGUCUGGAGGGCUACGGAGUGGAUGCCUUCCUGCAGAUCUCGAAGCUAGGGAACAAGAACGAACAAGUGACGACGCGCGCAGCCAUAGAUGCUGUGUGA